AGCAAAAUGUACAUCCAAGCUUUAGAAGAGCGACUCUCAAAAAUGGAAGCUGUACUCAAUCAAGCUGGGCUUCCGAGGCCGGGGGCACCACCGACCAGGAUAUCGCCUUCAGAAACUGAUGCCGCGUCUGUCUCCGUGUUUGCCGGCCCGGUCAUGCCAAACAGCACAGUUCCGAUACCGAGCCACCGACUUGACGCCGCGCAAGUAGCAGCCAGUCACGUUCCAUCAGAUCACCCAAUGGGCGAUGAAGUGGUAUCGCCGGCGCCUGAUUCAAGAAGUAGCCAAACGCCCGUUCCUCAGCCUCGAGAAGUUCCCGAGCCGCCGUCACAACUAUCAGGAAAGAUGCCAGUCUUUGCCGUCAUUGAGAGCCGUUUGAGAGAGGUCAAUUCCGCCUCUUAUUGUUCUACGUUCAACAGACAAGUCUUUACCCCUCGACUCGAACGGGAGGAGGCCAUCACCAUUUUGAUGCCUCUCUAUGACGACGCAAUCAGCAAUUACCCGCUUUUGAACUUUCACUACUUUGUCCGCCAUUUCGAAACAUUACCACAAGCGGGCGACACUUUCAACAGUACUUCAGGUUGGGCAUACAUGAACGCCGUCAUUUCUGUGGGAACGCGAUGGAAGACCAUCAACAGUGCAUUCCAGGAAGUCUGUCAACUAGCCUGGCCUUUCUUCAAGAACGCAUUUUCUGUCCUUACAGAGCUGAUGGUCAAGGGUAGUGACUUGCUGUCGGUACAGGCCAUCGUCGCCAUGGCAGUUUUCAUGCAAGGAACUACAUGCACCAGAACAGCGACUCUCCUAUCUUCUGCCGCAGUAAGACUGUCUCAAAACAUCGGGCUACAUCGGAAGCCUUGCACAAUGAUGUCCAUGUGCGCUCAGGAUGUUGAGGCGCGGAUUCGGGUGUUCUGGGCGGCCUACAUACUCGAUAAAGAAACGGGUCUCAACCACGGCUUAGACUCGAUACAAGACGAUGAUGACAUUGAGACGGAACUGCCUAGCGGUUGGGGAGACGGCGUUGACAUAUUGAACCUCAGAGCUAAGCUCGCGAUGGUAGAAUCUUCGAUCCGGAGACGAUUAUACACGGCAAAAGGACUUCGCCUUUCCGAUGACGACUUGAUCAAGGCCAUUAUCGACCUAGAUGCUCUCCUUGAGGAAUGGAGGUCAAGUAUGCCAACAAACCUCCAACCAUCAUACGAAUCCCCUGCAUUGGGGUCAGACAUUGCCCCAGAUAUCCUGAAUCUGCAGUUGGCCUUCUAUAGGUGCACAAUGAUGGUACACUGGGCUGCGAGACGGCAUAACCAAUACUCGACCGUAGCUGUUCUCAUGGGAACGUCUGCUGGGUUCGAAAUGCCCUACAUCCAGCUGUCCUUUUCGCAGAAGCGGUGCCGCAUGGCGGCGCACGCGACCUUGGGCCUAUUUCGGACUAUUUCAACGCCUCAGUACGCAGACCUAUGGCGAAUCUUGUGUUACCCCCUUUGCGCGAGUAUCACUCUCUUGACGGAUGUGCUCGAGACCCCAGGCUCUGCCCGCGCUCGAGGAGAUUUGGCGGCAACGAGAAACUUCGCUCAUUUCCUUCAAAAGUUCGAAAAGUCUGAAGGUUGCGAUUUGAAACGUGUAUUGACGGCGUGCGCCAUGAUGCAGCGAACGGCGCAGUAUGCUGUCGACGAUGCCCAGAACAUAAUGCGCGCCCAGAAUUUGGUCGGCAACAACGGCGGUGGUGUGUCACUCAUACCGGGUUUUAGUCUCAGUGAAGAUGCACAGGUUUUGCAGUCUUUGCUCGGCACGGCAACACAUCCGAUGUAUCUCGUCCAAGGACUUAUGGGAAAUUUGCCCAACCGAGACCAGAAUCUCACAAUGAGGCUUGCGCAACUGCUUGGUACUCCGUUUGAGAGUGGCAAGCCUGGCAGUCCACUCGGAUCUCAGCCUUUGCAGCCGGAGACAUACGGCUUUGGUUUCGGCCAAGGUCAGGCUGGUAAUGACCCGACGGCCAACUGGUCUUGAUACUGGCAGGUUUCGUCUAGGAGCAGACCGAUACUGCACGGUUGUACCGUGUUUAAUGACCGGCAUUACACGGAUUUAGAUGCGCUUGCUUCGGAAUACAGAAGGUGCCUGAGAAAUCCCGAGACACUGUCACAUGAGCAUCGGGUACUUGAGUUGAGCCAAUCUACCGGCGUUCGUUCAAGCAAAGCUCUAAAAUAUUGGAUGGGAUUUGAGGCCAAGGGCCCAAGAUGUGGCGCGCGUAUUCAUCUAUCUACCGCGCCGCAGACUUGCUUGUAUGUAUGCCCGGAUACGAGCCUGACCUUGGAGCUCGGUCUUCUCAUCAGUACAUAUUCGCUCUUGAGUUACGUUUCUCGCAAAACAAGGACGUAAAGUUCUCUGUAACUAUUACUAGGCUUGCAAUCAAUCAUCGCUGGAUUAUAAUAGUCAUUCGAGGUAGAAUAAAACAAAG